UGGCCACCCUGUGGCCCCACUGCCCCAAUGGAUCCACUGAACCUGUCCUGGUAUGAUGAUGAUCUGGAGAGCCAGAACUGGAGCCGGCCCUUCAACGGGUCCGAAGGAAAGGCCGACAGGCCUCACUACAACUACUACGCCAUGCUGCUCACACUGCUCAUCUUCAUCAUCGUCUUUGGCAACGUGCUGGUGUGCAUGGCCGUGUCCCGUGAGAAGGCGCUGCAGACCACCACCAACUACCUGAUCGUCAGCCUCGCCGUGGCUGACCUCCUCGUAGCCACGCUCGUCAUGCCGUGGGUUGUCUACCUGGAGGUAGGAGAUUGGAAAUUCACCAGGAUUCACUGUGACAUCUUCGUCACUCUGGACGUCAUGAUGUGCACAGCAAGCAUCCUGAACCUGUGUGCCAUCAGCAUCGACAGGUACACAGCUGUGGCCAUGCCCAUGCUCUACAACACACGGUACAGCUCCAAGCGCCGAGUCACUGUUAUGAUCGCCAUCGUCUGGGUCCUGUCCUUCACCAUCUCCUGCCCCCUGCUCUUUGGACUCAACCACACAGAGCAGAGCGAAUGCAUCAUCGCCAACCCUGCCUUCGUGGUCUACUCGUCCGUAGUCUCCUUCUACGUGCCCUUCAUCGUCACGCUGCUGGUCUACAUCAAGAUCUACAUCGUCCUCCGGAGGCGCCGAAAGCGGGUCAACACCAAGCGCAGCAGCCGGGCCUUCAGGGCCAACCUGAAGGCCCCACUCAAGGGCAGCUGCACUCACCCUGAGGACAUGAAACUCUGCACCGUUAUCAUGAAGUCUAAUGGCAGUUUCCCAGUGAACAGGCGGAGAGUGGAGGCUGCCCGCCGAGCCCAGGAGCUAGAGAUGGAGAUGCUCUCCAGCACCAGCCCACCUGAGAGGACCCGGUACAGCCCCAUCCCACCUAGCCACCACCAGCUGACCCUCCCCGACCCGUCCCACCAUGGCCUCCACAGCACUCCCGACAGCCCCGCCAAACCCGAGAAGAAUGGGCAUGCCAAAGACCACCCCAAGAUUGCCAAGAUCUUUGAGAUCCAGUCCAUGCCCAAUGGCAAAACUCGGACCUCGCUCAAGACCCUGAGCCGCAGGAAGCUCUCUCAGCAGAAGGAGAAGAAAGCCACCCAGAUGCUCGCCAUCGUCCUCGGCGUGUUCAUCAUCUGCUGGCUGCCCUUCUUCAUCACGCACAUCCUGAACAUUCACUGUGAUUGCAACAUCCCGCCUGUCCUGUACAGCGCCUUCACGUGGCUGGGUUAUGUCAACAGCGCCGUGAACCCCAUCAUCUACACGACCUUCAACAUCGAGUUCCGCAAGGCCUUCAUGAAGAUCCUCCACUGCUGA